AUGGCGCGUGGAAGAACAGCUGAAAUGCCUCACGGCCCAACAGGUUCCGCACACCCAAACGAAACCACAGUCCUAGUAUCUAGUUGUAUCCUGUCUCGUCCAAGCAGCGACAGCAAUGGUCAAGGAAAGGCAAGCGGUGAUCGCGAGAGCUGCACGCCAGCCAGGAACUCCAAGCACGACUUCCUACCGACGACUCCAUUUCAUGGGCUGUUGAAUGACAUGAGUUGUCCCCAAUGCAGCGCUGUCCUUUCAACUUCUGUUCAUGCAGCGUCCUGGCCCUUCAAACGGUCCUUCGAUCACACCUCGAAGAAAAGAAGACCAUGUCAUGCCGAGCACGUGAGGUACUGCGGGCUGUCUGAUACGAGGGCGGCCAUUGCAGCCAGCAUGUGUGUAGUGGGCACAAUGUUCGGUGGACCUUUGGGUGGACACAUCGGCGACCGGCUUGAGAGGUGGAGCAAGCAACACGGACGACCCUUCACCGGGCAAGUUUCGGUGUUGCUGGGCAUUCCGCUGAUGUACGUGAUGUUCUUCGCCCCGGUCUCUCCCGACAUGUUCUGGCACUUCGCUACGAUCAACUUUGUCUCAGGGCUUUUGGCGCACUGGGCAGCCUCAGGCUGCAAUCAACCACUGCUGGCUCGCAUCGUCCCAUCGGGUAGCAAGGCAUCCGUCAUGGCCUGGGAGUACAGUCUCGAGUCUCUGAGUGGUCAAACUAUUGGGCCGCUUAGCGUCUCCUUGCUUGCGACACACGCGAUGAAGUACAAAACUCAGGAGAUGCCGAUUGCAGAGAUGCCCUCCGCCGACAGGAUUGCCAAUGCCACUGCGCUUGGCAAGGGGCUGUUCAUCAGCACAGUCUUCCCCUGGGUGCUCUGUGCGGCUCUCUACUCCUUCUUACACUUCUGUGACCUAUCUGCUGAGGACGGCGAAGGAGAGGCGAUUCUCACCAAGAAGACGACGGAGCGAAAGACCUACGCGGACGCCAGAUGCAGAUUGUGA